GUUUAAUUUCGUUGCCCAUCAGUAGAGGAGAAAGGUCUCCUUCGAAGUCCCACAAAGCAGACUUCUCGUCACUUCCUCUCUUUUCUUUCUGCAUAAUUUCUUCGAUUUUUGCUGAUGGAGUAUCGAAGUUUGCCGAAGGAUUUAGAUGAUUAUCCAUUCGAAUUCACUCUGGCUGAGAUUGUGGAGAUGGACAAUAUCUUGAAGGACACUGGAGAUCAAACACUUGGUCAAGAGUUUUUCCAAGAUGUCGCACUUCAUUUCAGUUGCUCUCCAUGGCGCGCUGGAAAAUCUUCCGUCACUGCUGAACAGGUGAAAGGCUGGUUUGAGAAUCGGCAAAAUGAAUUGCGAAGUAGUAGUAAAAAAGCUCCGCCUCCACCUCCACCUCCAUCUCCGCCUCCGCCUCCGCCACCGAAACUUUUGCUUUAUCAUUCGGAUAGUAGUUUUUUAACUGACGCACCUUCAUCUGAACCACCUGAUAGUCUUCCCGAACUUAAAGGGAAGGCCAGUGACCUUUCAGAAUUGGCAUUUGAAGCUUUUUCGUCAAGAGAUAAUGCAUGGUAUGACGUUGCUUCAUUCCUUAGUUACAGAGUUAAUUGCCAUGGAGAACUGGAUGCUCGAGUUCGAUAUGCUGGCUUUGGAAAGGAUGAGGAUGAGUGGGUGAAUGUUGCAAGAGGAGUUCGUGAGCGGUCCAUACCUCUAGAAUCUUCAGAGUGUUACAGAGUAAAAGUUGGAGAUCUUGUGUUAUGUUACCGGGAAGGACAAGAUCAUGCACUCUACUUCGAUGCAUAUGUUGUGGAGAUUCAAAGGAGGCUGCAUGAUAUCGGGGGUUGCCGAUGCAUAUUCGUGGUACGGUACGACCAUGAUAACCAUGAGGAAAAAGUGCAUUUGGGGAGAUUAUGCUGCAGGCCUGCAGCGUACAACAACUCAGACCCCCUUGAACGUUCAUGAAGAACCUAGAUCUACAGUACAUUUAGAAGGCUUCGUUGCUUUGUUUGCAUAUGCACGUUUCAUGGCUCUGUUUCUCCUCCUAGUCAUUGCCUCGUAUGAGGAACUGAGAACAAACUGCAGUGAGUAACUAGUUAUGUACCUGCCCUCAAAAGAGUCAUUGCAACUGCUGCAAGUCUCAAAUCACCAGGGAUGGGAAUCUCAAUGUGAGGAACAAGAUGACCCAGCUUCUUGAAGUGAAUUUACGUGGUUCAAAACUGAAAUUAUUGAGUCAAAAUGGUAAGCCCCAAAAUUAGAAUUUUUAUUUCCUUCCAA